AAAAUGACGCUAUCCCUACACCACUGGCCCUCCACUGCGAAGCAGGCGUGGACUUGCUAUAGCACUACUUGAUAGAUGAAUUGUAUUUUGUUAUUUACUUGUAUUUACCUUACCUGAUCUAGCGCACCGACCCAGAUAAACUUUGUCCCAACGGAAGAACGCGAUAACAGCGACCAACGAGGAUGUUUAAAAAAUUUGAUGAGAAGGAAAAUGUGUCCAACUGUAUCCAGCUGAAAACAUCAGUGAUCAAAGGCAUCAAAAAUCAGCUGGUGGAUCAGUUUCCCGAAAUCGAGUCAUGGCUAAAUCACAUAAUGCCAAAAAAGGACCCUGUCAAAAUAGUGAGAUGCCAUGAACACAUUGAAAUCUUGACAGUGAACGGAGAGCUGCUCUUCUUCAGACAGAGAGAAGGACCAUUCUACCCAACGCUCAGGCUGUUGCAUAAAUAUCCUUUCAUUCUUCCACAUCAGCAAGUAGACAAAGGGGCCAUUAAAUUUGUUUUAAGUGGAGCCAACAUCAUGUGCCCCGGGCUGACUUCACCAGGAGCUAAACUCUACCCAGCUGAUGUCGACACAGUAGUUGCCAUAAUGGCAGAGGGGAAACAACAUGCACUUAGUGUUGGUGUUAUGAAGAUGUCUGCAGAAAGCAUAGAAAAAGUCAACAAGGGAAUUGGCAUUGAGAACGUUCACUAUCUGAAUGACGGACUGUGGCACAUGAAGACGUAUAAAUAACAAUACCUGCAACACCCGUCCCGCCACCACCCACUGGACAGCACGGAGCUCUUAACAGUGAAACAUGAGCUGCCAGUCAAUCGUUUACACUCACGGACUCUGCUGUGUAACCUGCUGGAGGCUUUGAAUCAAUCGCCGUAAUGCACAAAUAAAGAAAGAUCUUGCUUCAAACCUUAA